AUGAGCGACUCGGAUGGCCCAUCCCCGCUCUCACCACGAGUCAGGACGACCUCGACCAACGUCCUGGCGUUCCAGAGGGCGUUCGCCGCGGUGCUGCCUGGCAUUGUGCGCGAGCUGUGGGCUCGCUGGACCAAGCACGUCCCAGACACAGACGCGAUCUACAUCGCCUUCCUCUUCCUCCCCGACGACUUUCAAUCCGACGUCGUGGGGGAGGGCGGGAAGGCGAGCGAUCUGCCCCACUCGGAGCGCGACUUCAUCCCUCUCUUCAAGCCCGUCUUCGACUUGUGGAAGGAGGACGCAUGGGGCGUUGACCACCCGACCCUCAUUCUCAUGCGGUACAACGGCGAGACGCUCGACGUCGACAUGACCUGGAGCCCGUGGGACGUCGGUCAGAAUCUCGCCGAAAUUGAGGCAAAGUUCGAGCUGUGGUCCGUUUCUCUCGCCAGGAGAAUGGGCGAGAUCGCAAUGCGCAAGUUCAUGUUCUUCACGCCCGAGGUGCGCGCGACGAGCGGCGACGCGGCGUGCAAGGGGAAAUCCCUCCACUCGCUAUCUGAGCUCUCGUUCGCCUGGUCCGACCGAUUCAAAGUCGCGCUCGGGCUGGCCUCACCUGCCAUACCGGUACUGAGUGCCGCGACGGUCAAGAGCUUCGAGGCCGACUUUCUCGCCAUCCUGCCUGACCUCGUACACGAGAUAUGGGCCAAGUGGUCCGUCUCCGUGCCCGAAGCCACCGAGUUUUACCUCUAUGCCGCCUUCUUUCCGUUUGCAAAACUCCUGAGCACCGUCAUCGCGGGCAAAGGCGGGCGCUUGCCGCCGUCAGCCGACCAAUCCUUCGCCUACGAGUUUCACCCCCUGCGCAAGCUAUCCGUCGGCGUGCGCGGCGUCGACUUCCCGGGCCGCAUCGUGAUGCGGUCUAUCCGCGGCGAGAAGGUCGACAUCGACAUGACGUGGGACUUGAAGCGGACGCCCGCCGACCGGGAGGUCGACGUGCAAACUGAGAUUCUCGGCUGGUCCCUCGCCCUCCAUGAGAGGGGCUGGUAUGCCGCUAACAAACUCCUCCACUCGAAACUAGGAGCGGAAACAAUGCGCGGUGAUGUUCUUUUGAUCGCAGAGGUAGAGGGAUUGACGGUCGACUCGUUCCAGUGGACUGAAGGGUUCCGCAAGACGCUCGGCGUGUGGCUGGCCCCGCAGCCCGACCGCGCCAAAGUCAAGGCGUUCGAAGCCGAGUUCGCCAAGCUCAUCCCCGGCAUCGUCCGCCGCAUCUGGAGCAACUGGGUAUCGCACGUGCCCGACGCAACCGCGAUCAACAUUCUCCUCGCCAUCUUUCCUCUCAACGGGGUCCCCGUCGCCGUGUCCCCCAGUAACGGCGACCAGGAUGCCCCGCCGCUGGAGGCGACGGUUGUGUCCAACCAGGACCUCGUCACCCCGCUGUACCGGCUCGGUGCCGGCGGCGUGCGUGGCCUCGACUUCCCCGCGUUCGUUAUCAUGCGAUACAUGUCUGACCUGGUCGACAUCGACAUGCGGUGGGACUUGGCGGGCACCGCGACCGACAUGGGAGGGUUUAUGAACACGAUGCAGUCCGUCCGAGACGCCUACCGCGAUGACGGCGAGGACGCGGCCAAGUUGGUCCUCCACUCAACGCCGGACAAUCGCUCAAACCACGGAGACGGCAUGGUCCGCGGCGUAGCUCUCGACGCGCUUACAGCAGAGUCGUUCCGCUGGUCCGAGUCCUUCCAGAAAUCUCUCUACGUGUGGAAAGCCCCUGUGCCCACCGCGGCCCAGGUCGUGGCGUUUCAAGCAUCCUUCGUGGGCAUCCUUCCUAGCCUUGUGCGCGGGAUAUGGGACAGUUGGGUGCAGCACGUGCCCGAGGCGACAGGGAUGAACGUCUACCUUGCACUGUUGCUCGACAAGGUGGCACUGGUCGGCGUCAUGCCUCGAGAUGGUGAACGCUCGCCACCACCCGACGCGGAGGACUACACGAGCCACACAGCCGCGCUGGCGAACCUCGCUGUCGGCGUCCGCGGAGCCGACUUUCCCGCCGUCAUCCUGAUCAAGUACCACAAGGACACGGACCGGGUGGAGCUCGAAAUCCAUUGGGAUCCCACAGGGCAAGGCGUCGACAUCCCGCUCGCGGAGGCCAGGAUGGCCGAGUGGCAAGAGGAGCUCCGGAACAAGUCGGAGGCGGCAGCUAGGCGAGCCGUCCGCCUGCGGCGCGGCAAGCCGAGGGAGAGGGUCGACGAAGAAGUGACGCUCGACGGCAGGCUUGACAAGCUCACUGCGCAGUCGUUCCGCUGGUCAGAGACGUUCGCGUCACCUGUCGCCCAGACAAGGGACAAGGAACCCAGCGUGCCGACGGUGCAGGCGUUCGAGGACAAGCUGGCCGAUGCCUUGCCUGGUAUCCUACGAUGGGCAUGGGACAAGUGGACGGCGGAUGUGCCGAACGCGACAGCGAUCAACAUGUACGCCGAUCUAAUGGGGCCGCUGGUGAUUGUGGGCAUCGCGCCUGGCGAUCGUGGGCCAGCGCCACCGCUCCCGAAGCAGAUGUGGAUCGCCGACCUGCAGCGCUGGCUCGCCCGCCUCUUCUAUGACGGUGAGCGCGGGGUCGACUACCCUGCGCGUGUGAUACUCCGGUACUGCAGCUCGGACAAGGUCGACAUCGACAUGACGUGGGAGAACGCGCCGCCGGUCUAUACGGGUCUCGGGGGCACAUACAACAAGCUGGCCGAGUGGCGCGAGGCGCUCGUCGAUAACUCGGAUGACGAGGCCAGGUGGGUCUGGCACUCGACACCGGGGCGGCGCCCGAACCGCGGAGAUGCGAGUGUCGUCGGGGUGGAUGUGGGCGAUCUGAGCCUCGGCUCAGUUCAGUGGUCGGAGGAGUUUAGGGAGAGGCUGGGGUUGUAA